AUGCAGCGCCCUGUGGGUCGUGUGGGGGAUGUCUUUCAAACACACUGCGCCUCACGGGCCCCGCGGCGGCUGCUUCACGCGGCUACGGCCGUUGAAGGGAGAGCGGCGGGGGGUGGGUUUGGCUUCGUGGAAACGAUACAGCUGCCGGAGAAAAUUGACUGGAGAGGGCUUUUCCGCCUUCCCCCACGCGGCAUGAGGGGUGUACCGCCCGCGCGUGUGCUGUGGGCAGCGCGGAUGAUGUCCCCGCUCCUGCUGCUGCGGGGGCUGCGGGGGCUCACGCGGCGCACGGCGACGACGCUGGCGGUUGCCUCCUGGGCGGAUGCAGCUGCCACUGUUGCUCUCGUGAGGCGCGUCAAUGGCCGCUGUCACCGCCGUGUUGGUGGUAGGGCUGCGGCCGUUUCUCUGCGACGGCGCUACGCCUGCCCUCUUCCUCGGUCGUUUCUAACUGCGGCUGAGUUUGAUUUCGGUGCCAUGCGUGUGUCACAGCGGUGCCUUGCGGGCGAUGGACCGCUGCAGACACGCGCAAACCACGAUGGUUGUGUGGCGGUGGAGGAGGGCGUUUUUUCUGCGGCUCUCACGGAGGACGGUGAUGAGUCCACUGCUCUGCAGCUUCCGAGGGCGCGCUGGUACGCCCGCCAGGCUCAGCGCUCGCUCCUUGACCUUGAGAGUAUGCGGCAGCUGUGCCAGGAGACACGAGCGCAAACCAACCAGCGGCGGGUGGUAAUGGCGCUUGGCUGCAUCUAUGCGUCCAACGACAGCGGCCUACCUGUGACUGCGGUGAUGCGCUGCCUGCCCAUCUCCGCCGGUGCCGCCACGGUGGCGGCUCUUCUGCGCUCGCACCGUGCCGUCCGUCGCGAGCGACUGCAUGAGGCAUUGGCAACCCUCCUGAACGAUAGCCACUUGACGCAGGAGGAGGCGUGGGUGGUGCUGCAGGCGAUGACGACGGUGCCUGAUGUGAACUCGGUCGUUGAGGUGCGGUGGGUCACGGAGGUGGUGCGUCGCGUGGUUCUCGGCGGCGGCAGCAGCGGCGCGGAGCCUCGUGUGAGGACUAUGACGGCGCUGCGAUUGGGCGAGUGCGUCUUGCCGGCGGAGGCGCUGGCGUUGCUGUGCGAGGAGUCCGGACUCUGGUACGAGUCCGCCGCCUACCGCUCCUCCGCCGCAGGGGUUCCGCUGGAAGCCGCUGAACACAACCGGAGGCGUCGCAAUGGGUGUGGCUUUGGGAACGACAUGGUGGCGCUCCUGCGGGCCGUGCGAAACGGCGAGUCCUUCGCUGCAACGCCAAUUGCUGCUAUCGAGGCGCUGCGCAAGGAGAUGCCACCGGCGGUGGCGGCGUACACCACCCACCGCGUUGCCGCCGAACUCACGCGGAGAGAGUGGGAAACUGAGUCUGGCGCGUCGGCUAAGCAGGGCGACAGUAGUGAUAGCAGUAGUCAUGGUGACAGCAGCGAUAGUCGCGGGGCCAGUGUGACAGCGCUGCAGUACCUGCAGACGGCCGCGCCGCCGUCGCGCGAUGCGGUGGGUGCUCUGGCGUCUAGGCUACACUUUGAGCUGCGGCUUGGCUCGGCCUCAACUGCGCUGGCCCUUCUGCCAUCAUGUCGUUCCAACUGGGAUCGUACUGUGCGGCUUAUGCGGCACACACACCAUGCUGGUGUGGCGACGGCGCUGGGUGCUCUGCGGGGGCUGAUGAAUUUGUCCCCGUCCGGCCGCUACUACGUGAUGGUGCGGCUCCAACCCUCUCCGUAUUGCGCCUGUGGCGGCCAUGCUGGCUGCAACCUCCUUUUGGAGGCGAAAGCAACUGCAGAGGGGCUGGGCGCGCCCGAAGCUUUUGAAGGUAUGCCAGCAGGUCUAUGGCGACGCCUUGCGGAGGCCGCGGCCCGGCAGCAGCCUCAGGUGGGACAGGCCUUUUGGUCGCUGCCCGCACUGUACAUCCCCCGGGUGGCUGCCGCCACGCCACACUUGCCGUCCUCGCUCCUGUCCGCUUGGAUUCGUUUGCUUCUCCGUCACGGGCGAUACGACUCCAUCGACGUGGUCCUGCAGAUAGCCGCCGAGCGGGGCGUUGUGCCGGAGAUGGCGACGCUGGUUGAGGUCCUUGAAAGUGUUUACGAGAGGAAUAAGGACGCCGCCCAGCUGCAGCGGUUGGUUCGAUGUGUGCGGAGUUUGUUUCCCGAUUGCGCCCCGGCCGUGUUCCGUGCCUUUGUGGAGCGCACGGCGGGCCAGAUGCGGGAGGGUCCGUUACACUCAUGGAGCACUGGGCUGCAUCUACUCUCGACGGUGAGCGUUUUGGGUCUCCUGCACUACCCGCGCAGUUGCCUGGAGUCUAUUGCGGCCUGCGCCCCCACCCCUGUUGUCUAUGCCAUGCUGCAGAUCCUGAGUGAGGAGGGCGAUGCCGCUGCGGAGGGCGGUGGCGCGGCGGUGCCGUGGUCUUCAUCGGCCCCGUUGGAGCUUGAGGCGCUGCACCGCCUUCUGCGCUCCGCGCAGCUGGCCGGGCUCCGUCCGAAGGUUGUCGUCAUCGCGGCGUCUCCCGCGACAAGGAAGACGGCAUGGUGGGCAUCCGACACGGCGGCGGCCGGGGUCCCACUGGCGACGGCGCUCUACAGGAAGCAGGCCGUAGGGCUCUGGCGCCACGCCCUGCAAGAGGUAUCGUGGCGGAACGACGUCUCAGCCGACGGGGUGGAGGUUCACCACGCCAUUCGUUUGGCCUCGUUUGGAAGCGACAGCGUCGCCACCCUCCUUCGUGGCGUGGUGGCGGCGGGGGGAGGGGCAGGAGGAGGGGAAGGCAAGGGAGGCGCGUUGGCGGCCACGGGUCGGGCGCGCCGUCGCACCCGGGUGGAGGGCGCCAUGUUUGUUGCGACGCUUGCGUGCGUUGCGGGGGCACUAUUGGCACGUGGACGUUGGGAGUCGGCGCUGCGCAUCAUCCCGCCGGGGGUGACGGACCUUCCACCGCUCCUCCGACUCGCACGGCUAAAGGCGCUGCAACGCAGCAGCGACUUUGACGCGCAUGCAACGAUGCUGCUGGAGUCGGAGGCGCAGCUGCGAGGGACACACCGGCGGAGCUGGCGGCCUCGUUCCUGCCGUCACGCUCCUUUUAUUUUGCGUCAUCGUCGUCGUCGUCGCGGUGGCGGGAUGCCGGCGGGUGUGCGUCGGCUUGUGGUAAAGAUGCAGAUGCGCGACAUGUUUCGCUGGUGGGAGGAGCGGGGCUGA